UGUCAUGACGUCACUGAGCCUCUGUUUGCGGAGAGAAGGGAAAAUGGCCGCCACGGCGAUGGAGGGAGCGGCGGCGGACCCGCGUCUCACCGAGGCCAAGAAGUACGAGUAUUUCAGCUCGAUCAACUCCAUGGCGCGGAAGAUAAUGCAGGAGAGGGAGAAGAUCAAGGAGAAGUACGGCGAGGCCUGGGAGGACAUGUCCCCCGCCGAGCAGGACACCGCGAUCGACGACGGGAUGAUGGAGCCGAAGGUGCGCGCGCGCUACGCCAUGCACCGGACGGACCGGGAGGAAGUGGUGUGCUACCCCAAACUGCUGAUCCAGACCGGGCAGAAAACCGUGCACUUCGGAGAGGAGGAUCUGACCUGGCAGGACGAACACUCUGCGCCUUUUUCUUGGGAGACCAAAAGUCAGCUGGAGUUCAGCGUGAUAACCGGCGCCCCGGAGUCCUCCUCCUCGUCCUCCACGUCCUCGUCCGUUCCCGAACCCAAACCCAAGACGCCCGGGCCCGAGGUGUCCGUGUCGGCGCGGCGUGACGAGGAGGCGUCCUUCUGGAAGCUGAACGCAGAGAGGUCGCGCCUGGAAGGCGAGAAGGCGGACUUCCAGUCGCUCACGCCGAGUCAGAUCAAGUCUCUGGAGAAAGGGGAGAAGCCGCUGCCUUCAUACAUGAGGUCCGAUUCCGUACCCAAGGAAGCGGUGCAGGAACCCGCGGCGCCACGUCCGGUUAAACCCAGAGUGACGAAACCACCGGCUCCACCUCCUCCUGCGCCCGUCGGAAUCACCCCGGCGCCUUUGAGCGUCACGCCGACGCCUAUAAGCAUCGCCCCGCCGCCCAGUGCGCCGCUAGGGGGUUGGGAGAGAUCUCAGAGCACCCUGCCGUCCGUCAGCAGCACUCUGGAGGACGUGUUCAGUCCCGGCCUGAGCGCCAAAACACCCUCGGAGUCGACUCACAACAAGGAGAAGGAAGACGACAAUGUGCAGGCCGGAAGCCCGGCCUUUUCACAGUACAACACAAGCAGCUCCAUCCUGAAGACCGGAUUUGACUUCUUGGACAACUGGUAACCCCCUGAACGUGAGCUCAAGCAGCGGAAAUGUUCCAGACGACAGGACCUCCUACAUCCACCCCACACACACACACACACACACGAAACAAACCUGUUCCAGAUCCAUCUUAAUAAAGCUACAAUUAGUAUCUCAUAUCCCCGACACGCUGGUGCAUGUAGACUUGUUAGUGUCAUUCUGGUUUAAGGAAUCGUUUCCUGCCAAAAAGUGUUUGCUUUCUUUACUUUGCACAUCUUCGAAGAAACCCAUCGUACUGAUUGUAGCUUUGAAAUUUAGUAGAAACGCAAACGUAUUCACAGUACAGCAAUAAAGCAUGUGGAACAGUGAGUCUGGACACGAUGGGACGCUUCAGGAACGAACAAGAGCGAAGGGAUAUUUUUUGACAGGUUACGACGUAAAGCUAACUAGUCUGCGCUAGCAUCUUGGCUUGUUAGCAUUUUAGAUAUCGAGGCUGUUCCGAAGUCGUGCCUUGUCCCGGCAAAUUUUUAUGUUGUCCAUUUUUUUUUGUAUUGUUUUGUUUGUUUUUAAGACCUAAGUACUAGUGCUGCGAUGCUUUAUACGAUUUAUCUCGGGCUAUUAAAUGAAAUGCCGCCUUUUACGCUACAGUCGUAGGGUUUUCUAGACUUUUUUUAUAAACUUUCUGUCAUAUAUCUCUCUGUAUGGUGUCAUGAUCAUGUAAAGCAACCGUAUGACUUGUUUAAAAUAAAAUAUUUAUGAGAUUUCAAACCA